ACAGCAGUCAUAGCCCAGUGAGAGAGGCGGCACUCCGGCACUCCUGCAGCGGACUUCAUUGUGAGGGAACUGCUGUUUUUUUUUUAAUCCUAGCAUCGGGUCUAAUGGACAAACUCUUUGUAAAUGCUUUUUAAGAAUACUCACUCUAGGAGAAGACACACUGGCUACUCAGCAGGCCCUGGCAUUGAGUCUUAUUUGAAAGGAUUCAAUUUCACUGGUGAACCACCUUGGCUUCUCUGCACCUGAGUAACAGCAACACUAAGUUCCAUCUCUUUCAUAUUCAAUUUACUAGCAACCAAUCAAAAGGACGUUUUGUGACCAUGAACACUGCCACUCCCACUGAGUUUGAAUUCUCUUUCCUGGAGGAGGGUUUCUCUGCCAGAGACAUUGUUGAGCAGAAGAUAAAUGAGUCAUCCAUGACGGAUGACCGGGAUGCCUUCUAUGUCUGCGACUUGGGAGAUGUGCUGAAGAAACAGCUGCGCUGGGCAAGGGCUCUGCCUCGCGUCACUCCUUUCUAUGCUGUCAAAUGCAAUGACAGUCGGGCUGUAGUUAUGACACUGGCCUCCCUGGGAACUGGCUUUGACUGUGCAAGCAAGAUGGAGAUUCAGCUGGUUCAGUCUCUGGGAGUGGAUCCAAGCAGAAUCAUCUAUGCCAACCCCUGCAAGCAAGUUUCUCAGAUCAAGUAUGCGUCUGCCCAUGGGGUCCAGAUGAUGACCUUUGAUAGUGAGGUGGAACUCAUGAAAGUGGCCCGCUGUCAUGACAAUGCCAAGCUGGUGCUGCGUAUUGCCACAGACGACUCAAAGGCAGUGUGUCGCCUCAGUGUGAAGUUUGGGGCCCCACUCAAAGCUUGUCGAGGACUUCUGGAGCGGGCUAAAGAACUGGGGCUGGAUGUAAUCGGUGUCAGCUUCCAUGUUGGCAGUGGCUGCACUGAUCCCGAGACCUACGCCCAGGCUAUCGCUGAUGCCCGCUGUGUCUUUGAUAUGGGGGAUGAGCUGGGCUUCAACAUGGACCUGUUGGAUAUCGGAGGUGGUUUCCCUGGUUCAGAUGAUUCUGUACUCCAGUUUGAAGAGAUCACAGCAGUAAUUACCCCAGCUCUGGACAAGUAUUUCCCUGCGGACACUGGUAUUAGGGUCAUUGCUGAGCCAGGGCGCUUUUAUGUGGCGUCUGCUUACACACUGGUUGUCAACGUCAUUGCCAAGAAGGUCAUCAUGGAUGACGAGUCAGCCUCUGACGAGGAAGACGAAGGGACCAAUGAUAGGACUCUGAUGUACUACGUCAACGAUGGAGUGUACGGAUCCUUCAACUGUAUUCUCUAUGACCAUGCUCACUGUUUGCCAACACUGCACAAGAAGCCAAAGCCAGAUGAGGUCAUGUAUCCCUGCAGUAUUUGGGGCCCAACAUGUGACGGCCUUGAUCGCAUUGUUGAGCAGUGUUUCCUGCCUGACCUGCAGGUGGGCGACUGGCUUGUCUUUGAGAACAUGGGUGCCUACACCGUGGCCGCCUCCUCCACCUUUAACGGAUUCCAGAGACCUGACAUCUACUAUGUCAUGUCCCGCCCUGCCUGGCAACAAGUGCAGCAGAUCUGUUCCCAGGGCAUGCCAGCUCCUGUGGAGGAGUCUUGCCUGUUCGAAGUGCCAGCCUGCUGUGGCCGAGAGAGCAGCUUGGAGAUGCCCACGAAGGCCUGCCAGGCCAAUGUGGUUUAAACUCGUACUGUACAUUACGGCAGUGUUCUCGCAUCCUCUGUAUUUGUUUUUUUUUCUUCACCCCAAAUCUGCGUGAAAUUUCAAGGCCAGUUACUUGACAGGAGAAUGAGAGGGACAUUUUGUGCAAAUUUCUGCGUUCUGUAUGGAAGCUGGGGAUCAACCCUCAAUGAAAUGAGGCUGAAUCACACUCUGAGUGUCUCUGUGUGUUCCAGGCAGUGUGACAGGGCAACUCUGUACUUGAACUUGUUGCUGCAGUCUUCCUGUCCUAAUUUGGGGGAACUGACUGUAGUUGAUGAAGAACCUAUUUACUGAACUGGAGUAGUGUAGGGAGAGGAACUUGUUGCUUGAAAAAAAUCACAACUACUUUUUACUGACUGUAGCAGCAGUCCCAAGAGGUGAAGGGUUUCCAGUGCUAUUCCUUUUAUAAUAUAAAAGUAUAGUAGAAGAUUGCUUCCAGCGUAAGCAAUCACCAGUGCUAACUGACCUGCAAAAUGUAAAGGGUUGGUUUAUUAAAUUGCUGAUCAUUAAAGCCCUGUUAACAGCUGAAGUCACAUCCCUAGCUAGUAACUCGCAAAGAGGUGGUUGGAAGGGUGAUUUAAUUCCUCAAAAAUGGCUGCUAUGUAUUUAUAUUUCCCAUGAUCUCCACUUCUAUACAGGACCUGCCAAGUGUUAGUCCUAAAGAUGUUUGUUUUUUGUUUUUUUUACUGGCAAUCAUAAUCUAGCUAUAUUCAGUGUUUUUGUGUUCUGUAAAUGAUCUGAUCUUUGAUCUUCCCAUCCAAAACAAAAUAUGCAUAGCUACAAACAUGGCACACAAUUACCACCAGGCAAAUGCAAGUGACUGGUAGGUUUGUUUCACUCACCAGCCAAAACUCAAUGGUAAUCUGAGUCAAAGGAAAUGCAUACAUGCAUCACAUCCUGCAUAUCAGAACACCACACAGUGCAUCUCUGUGCUAAUAUGGCUGCAGCAUAUGAAACUACUUGUCAGACGCCAAUAUAUUUACAUACACUAAACAGACCUUUCCAUUACCCACGUCAAGCAUGUAAUCCUUGUAUUUGUCUGGUGACCCAGACAAAUGCAGAAACGCAUCUUCAAGAUUAACACUUAAAACACAGGGACUCAAGAAGCACACUGCACCUCUCCUCUUCUCCUUAUUUUAUCUUUUUUUUUUUUUUUUGUAACUUGUAGAAGAUAAGAAGUCUGUUCGAGACAAGAAGCCAUGUUUAACCAUACAUUUGAAAUGGAUACGAAAGAGACGGGACUGCAAAAUCAUAAUGCUUUCCUAUGGAAACUUUUUGAAGUUUUGUAUUUUUUUAAUAAAUAAAACAUUAGGUGCAGAGCCGAA